GCAGGAGUCUCUGGAAAUCUCGAGCACUAUAUCGCCCGGGACACAGUAAACCAUUCCCCGUCUCUGAAAGAAAAAGGGGACAACCGUUCUGUAUUUAACAUAUAUUAACUUACGAAGCUGUGCAAAUGUCCCUCGUGUUCACAUUUAAAUACGUUUUUUUCGUUGCCUUUUGGAUUUAAUGCGUAAAUAGACCGCUUCCAGUAACAGUUGGAAUUUUUUAUUUUUAUUUUGGGUAUUUACUUUGCGUUUAUGUCUGCAUAACCGAUGUUUGGGUUUUUAUAACAACAUCAACAUUUUCGUUUAUUUUUUCACUUUCUUUUUAUUUUUCCUACAAAUGAGUAGCAUGCUUUGAAAAUAUUAUUUGGUAUAUUAUCAUCGUCUCCACCUAAAGCGUAGACCUGCUGUAAGUUGGAUGCAGAACAGCUGUUUGCAAGUCUUUUCAAAGUUCAACUUCGGAUCGCUCGUCCCUUCAGCUGGAGGAAACGAAACGGGACUGCAUUUGAUCGCGCCUCUCGCCACCAACAUGAAAUCUGCUGAGGAAGAUGCGUUCAGCUACACUCCCAACGUCACUCUGUCCCUGCCCAUCAGCAUGGGAAACCCCUGUCUCUCCACGCAGUACCACAACCUGCAGUCCAGCUCCAUCAUCCCCAUGUCCUCCUGCCACCAGGACAGCUACGCCCUCCACAACAACGGCGGUGCCCCCGGCUACUACCUGACCCCCAACCUCCGUCCCAACGGGGCCCCCGCGCUGGAGAGCCCGCGCAUCGAGAUCACGGCCUAUGGCCAGUUCCCCGAGGACGAGAUGGAGGAGAGCGCCCUCCCCAUGGUCAAGCGGGUCAACUCCAUCGUCACGCUCACGCUGCCCAACGCCGACGGCUACCGCGACCCCAGCUGCCUCAGCCCGGCCAGCAGCCUGUCCUCCCGCAGCUGCAACUCGGAGGCCUCGUCCUACGAGUCGGGCUUCUCCUACAACUACGACAACUCGCCCCAGAACUCCCCCUGGCAGUCGCCCUGCGUCUCCCCCAAAGGCUCCUCCUCACUCCACUCCUGCACCCACGCCGGCUCCCCCCGCCACUCGCCCUCCGGCUCCCCCCGCACCAGCGUGGCCGACGAGAGCUGGCCGGCCCCGCCGCGAGGCUCCCGGCCCGGGUCCCCCUGCAACGGGAAGAGGAAGUACAGCUUCAACGGGGCCCCCACCUGCAGGCACCCCUCCUACUCGCCCGGGAACUCGCCCACCGUCUCGCCGCAGGGGUCUCCCAGGGUCAGCGUGCCCGACGAAGCCUGGCUGGCCAACACCAACCAGUACACCAACUCGGCCAUCGUGGCCGCCAUUAAUGCCCUCACCACCGACGGCAUGGCGGACCUGAGCGACAGCGUGCCCCUGAAGUCCCGCAAGACCAGCCUGGAGCACAGCCCCGCCAUGAGUCUGAAGGUGGAACCGGGCCAGGAGGAGCCCGGCCCGGGGGAGGUGGGGCAGGACGACUACCCGGCCCACCGAAUGCCCUUCAAGAAGGAGAACUACUGUGGAGGGUUCUUGGAUGUCCCACAGCACCCCUACCCUUGGUCCAAGCCAAAGCCUUACAUCAGCCCCUCCUUGCCUGCUCUUGACUGGCAGCUGCCCUCCUGCUCCGGGCCGUACAGCCUUCAGAUCGAGGUGCAGCCUAAAUCCCACCACCGUGCCCACUACGAGACCGAGGGCAGCCGGGGGGCGGUCAAGGCUUUGUCUGGAGGACAUCCCGUCGUGCAGCUGUACGGCUACAUGGAGAGUGAGCCCCUCACCCUGCAGCUGUUCAUCGGGACCGCAGACGACCGCCUGCUGCGACCGCACGCCUUCUACCAGGUCCACCGCAUCACCGGCAAGACCGUCUCCACGGCCAGCCAUGAGGUCAUGCAGUCCAACACCAAGGUGCUGGAGAUCCCUCUGCUGCCAGAGAACAAUAUGCGGGCCAUAAUCGACUGCGCAGGAAUCCUGAAGCUGCGCAACUCCGACAUCGAGCUGCGGAAGGGCGAGACGGACAUCGGCCGCAAGAACACCCGGGUGAGGAUGGUCUUCCGCGUCCACAUCAACCAACCCAACGGCCGGACCGUGUCGCUGCAGGCAGCAUCCAAUCCCAUCGAGUGCUCCCAGAGAUCGGCCCAGGAGCUGCCACUGGUGGAGAAGCAGAGCGCAGACAGCAGUCCAGCCACAGGGGGAAAGACCUUGGUCCUGAGUGGGCACAACUUCCUGCCCGACUCCAAGGUGGUGUUUGUGGAGAAGGCCCAAGAUGGACACCACCUGUGGGAGACUGAGGCCAAAGUUGACAAGGACUCCUUCAAGUCUACUACUCUGUUGGUUGAGAUCCCGCCAUACCGAAACCAGAGGAUAUCCAGCCCUGUUCAGGUGAACUUCUACGUCUGCAACGGCAAGAGGAAGAGGAGCCAGUACCAGCGCUUCACAUACCUGUCCCCAAAUAUUCCCAUAAUAAAAACAGAGCCCAAUGAUGACUAUGAACCACAGGGGGCUCCAAGGCUGACCAUGCGUUCGAAGGCCUACUACGGCCAGCUGGGCGUGACUCCCGCCAUGCCUGCGGACCCCGGACACUGUCUGGUGGGGGGCUACCCGUCGUCCUCCCCCAGUUCCAGCCCCAAGCUCCACGACCUGUCCCCCGCCGCCUACCCCAAGUGCCUCUCCGGCGGUCAGUCCCACCACGCCGUCCCCGGCAUACCUGCCAUCCAGGAGGCGCCCAGCCGCCCAAUGGGGGUCCACCCCGGCUCGCCCGACCAUGCCCCCCUGGCUAUGCUCCAGCCCCAGGUGGCCUCCCACCUGAGCAGCCCCGGAACCGGAGACUGCUCCCACGGCUACCGGCCGCCCGCCCUCUUCCCCAACGGCAGCCCCGCCUCUUCCCCGGUGUCGCCCGAGACGCCGUUCUCCCCGGCCUACAGCCCCCCGCAGGCCCCGCCCGCCGGCUCGCCGCACCUGACCCCCGUCGCGGCCAGGAGCAGCCCGCCCACCCUGCUGAGGGAGGACAGCAGCCCCCCUACGCUGGCUGUCACCGUCAAGCAGGAGCCCCAGGAGCUGGACCAGAUGUAUUUAGAUGAUGUUAAUGAGAUAAUCCGCAACGACCUCUCCAGCAUUUCAGUCCACAGCCACGCCUAGAUGUUUUUAAGAUGGCAACUCUGAUCAUCGAACACUCGCCGCAAGCUCAACGGGACACGGAAAGAGAAGGGGACAGAACAGAUCCGUGAUGAAGCGUUUGUACUAUAAGAGUGACCCUUUUUCAGGGCCCUCGUGCUCACAGUUCUCACCCAAGAACUAUACAGACCCAACCUCCUGACCAUCACCACCCGGAACAAGCUGUGUCUACAGAGACCACACUGUUGCGUUUCGAGCUUAAAAAAAAUAUUGUGAUUGAAUGUCGCAUUUGGAAAAAGCCUUACCUCGAAAGAGAAAAAAGAAAAUCGACAACAAUCUCCGAAAUUCACUCUGCCUUAAAAAAAGAUGCUCUUCCAUGGACCAAGAAUUCUUUUUGAUAUUUUAAAAAAUGAACUGCUCUUUGUGUUAUUCAUACGACAGGACAGUUGUUGACACUCUGGGCGGCAUUGUACGGUUGUAGCUUCCUGUAAGGAAGGAGCGGCCUUAAUAGGUGCCUUACAUCGCCAGCAAACUGAGGCGCAAAAUGUGUUGUUUGUUUUUAACCUAGUCACAUUUCGUAACAAUAUUAUUGCAAUAUUUUUUUUUAUAAUGUUUACAGGAAGACAGCUGGAAGAAAAGUCCAAGGAUUGUACUUGUAUUGCCUUUUAUCUCUAUCCUAGGGUCCAUUGAUAAUUAAGCAUGCCUAAUGUCCUUUGUAGAAACUGUACCAAUAAUGUAUGCCUUAAUCUUGUUUAGCAAUUCUUUGGUAGCUAUUUUGCCCUUUUGCUAUUUCUGAAUGAGUCAUGCCAACAAGAGCAAAAAACACCACCAUUUAUAUAUAUUUCUUAACUGUGGUGUAGGUUGGUUCCCACAGAAAGCACAAGGAGUUUGGUGCGUCACGAUGCUGAACUGGUUGGAUACAUGAUAGGAACGUAAAUCCAAUCGGAGCUGAGCAGAACUUAAAGGAGCUUUGUGCUUUCAGAGACAUGGACAGAGACCUUGAGUAGUGAAAUGUCAGGUGACCCUGAAACAUCAUGUCUGGGUUGAUCUGAAACCUUGUGACAAGCGAGUGCCAGAUGGGUGAAUUAAGAGAUGGGGCGUCCCAUGUGCUGUUGAUUAUUGACCGGUCUGCUCUCCGUAGCAGAAAACUAUGAUUUGUUUGAAUCAACAAGUCAUUGAUAGCUCUGCCUAUCUCCGUCUGUGCCCUUGAAUCAAAAAACCUUAAUACUCUACUUUAACAAAUCAUCUCAUUUUUUUGGGAGAAUCUUGCCUGAUGAAGCUCCAGGAACAGGUGUCAAAUGUGUGAUCUCUGUAAAUCACGAAAAAUAUUAUUUGCAUUUUCAAACCAGUAAGUAACAACUAGGCCUUUCCCCAGCUUUUGUCCCAGCUUGCUUUGAAAGCUUGGGUCUAUAAAAAAGAAAGCUUGGGUCUAUAUAGCAAUGAAAGGAAAUGGUGGAGUAUUUUUCUGCGGGUUUCCAGAGAGAUUAUUUCAGAUUGUACACAAGAAAUGAUGUCUGGCCCAGCACUUUUGUAAAACUAAAUGUAAGUGAGAGUGCAUGUACAGUAAAUUCAACUGUUAUUUCCUCACUAAUAUAUCUCAAGUUUAUUCUCUGCCUUUCCUUUUUUCAUCUGAAGGGGAAAAAAGAAAUAAGCUGGCAAUAAUGGCCUUCUCGAUACCAAAGGAUUUUACUUUUGGUUUGGUUAUUGUUCAAGCUUCUUUGGCUAUUAGAAACUGUAGAAACUAUAGAAAGUGAUAGAUAGGUAGCCUUGUCAGAGAAUGAAUGCACUUUAGGUAGUAUUUUCAGUCUGUACUGGUUUCUGUGUCCAUACAUCUCCAUUUUGAGAAUCCAAAGAAAGGAUGUCAAACUGAACAACGAGAUUUAUUCUCAAUGAAGAUCAAAGAUCUUCCACGUUGUCAAGAGUGAUUAUUUGUGCAUUGUAAAUAUCUUUCUUGUGCAUGCAAGCAGUAGCAAUGUUCAUUAUAAUUUAGCUUACUAUUACCUUUAUAUAGCUAAGAAAACACAUAGGAAUGAUUUUUUUCCACUCAUAAAGUAUGUGGUAGCAUGAUUAAGUAUGGGAUAGUUAUACUUAUAGUGCCUUAUCGUUCUUUUCUCAGCUAGCCAUGAUUGUAAAUCAAACUCUUAGCCUGGCACACAGUGAAAUGUAUUUCCUUCUGAAUAUGAAAUAUUUAUGGGAAUUUAAAAGGGCGUUUCAUGUAUACAGUACAUGGUCUUCAAAAAAUAUUUAAAAAGCCAUAUUAGUAAUAUUUGCACAUUACUGUGAAGACAAGGAUAUAAUGUGGCUCCAAAUGUGUACAGGCAUUUUACAAAGGGACUUGUAUUGGAUUUUGCCAGCCUCAGCUGUUUUAUAUUGCUAUCUUUGCCCAUGGCAUGAUCAAGAAAUAGUGGCAUACUCUUCUUGCUCUGGUGCAGUUAUUAACAGAUAUUAUUAUGCUAUUUUGACUGUCCUGGGUGAUAUAUCGUGUCGGAGCGCCGUGGCAAAUUUGCCUUGAAGGUUGAAACAACAUUUCUCCAUGUAAAAUAAUCAUAUUGAAUCAAUUACCCCAAUUUUUAUUUGUCUGUGCAUGUUGAAUGUAUACCUUAUUUCCUUUCCAUUCCUUGACCAUAUGGCUACAUUUAGUGUAAGACCUUCAGUAUAUUUCUUUGCCUUUUGCUCUUUUUUCUUUUCAAUUGACCAUAUAAAACUAAGGAAGAAUUAAGCUUCUCCCGUAUGCCUAAUAAAUGGUGAAAUAUAAACAGACAUGUUGAUAUAUGAGUUUUUUUCCCCUAUGUGGGGUUUAAAAAAUGAGGUUAGCUUUUCAUUAAGCACAAUCCCCUCACAUAGAGGUCAUAUAUUUCAUAAUAUAAAAUCCCCAUUUAAGGAAUACGAUUUUGUCAAACACGUCGCUUAUAUUUAAAUUUGAACCUAUUCUCUUCACAUAUGCAUUUGUAAUUUUAGGCAUGUAUUGUGGAAUAUAACUUAAAAGUUCAUUAUACUGCCAAAUAUCCUCCAUAACAAAUGCAAAACAAAGCAUGUGUAAAGUCAAUAUUUUAAUGCAUACAAGGAAUAUAUUCACACAUUCAUUAUAUAUUCCUUAUAUUCUGGCAUUUUUUUAUUCAAGAUGUUGAGCAGUGGCUGGCUAAGUUAAAACUCACACAAGCAUAUGUGGAUAACGUGCGUUAUUUGUUUCACCCAGCAGAUUGAAACAUAACCAUUGGUAAUUUGCAGCUGGUGGCUGCAACGAGGUAUUUAUAGUGAAAAGUUCCGAUAUAGCAUUUGAUGACGUCUUUUUUGUGCAUUAUCGGGUGGGGUUGGGAAGGGGGGUAGGGGCAGUCCUGGUGAAAAACAGUUGUCUGCCAUGGGACCCGUGCCAUGCUCCUGUGUACCACCUGCCAGUCCUCCAGACUUUUUCCAUGGAGUGAAAUUCCGAAUCUGCCAUCGCCAUGGUGACAGAACACAGCCCUGCCCUCCGCGUGCUCAUCCGAGCCCGUCCCGAAAUAGCCUCCCUAUUUAAAGCUCCAGUCACACUUUUUUCAAUUUGUUUUUAUAUCCAGCUUUCUUCUUCUUCCUCCUCUUCUUUUCUUCUUUUAAAUCAAGUUGUAAUAUUUAUAUGUUAUGGUUACCUCUGACAGAUGAUAAUGUAAUGUUUGCAAAUACCCUGUAUUUUGUGUCUGUAUAUACAAUAAAGAAGCACAAAAACAUA